AUGGAAACUUGCAAAUCGUACAGUCUCUACCCCCUCUAUCUGUACUGGGAUUCAGAUACUGAUGGCAGGUAUUUCAGAGUUGACCCGACUACGCUCACCAAGGAUUAUUUGAACGAGCUGGUCAUGUCCGAAUAUGGCGUGGCCAACGCCGUUGAAUCCGGUGUUCUGUACUACGAGCAUUUUGGCGAACAAGGAUCCUGCUUAGGCUAUUUAGACAACGAGUCCGAUGUUGCCCUGUUUAGAAAGCGCUUUCAGGCGCAACACGCAGCGAAAUUAAGUGUCAGACGUGUCGGGAGCUUUGCCACCAAUAGAAAGGACGGGGGAUCGCCUGAGCGUUUGCCUGCUUCGGAGCCAACGGUCUCGAUUCCAGCAGAGCAGUUGGAAUCCUUGAUCGAGUCGAUUCGUAAGCUGGAGCUAUCGCUGAACAAGAAAGAGAGCCCAAGUUCACACCCAGAGGCUACGGCCCGGGUGUCGUAUGCGGAUCCAAACUGCAAGACACUCCACGAAGAAGUGGUUUGUGACGGGUGCUAUCCUGAAUCCUGGAGCACUUCUCAGCCUUCGAGCGAGUGUUGCUCGGAUGCCGGAUUUAUCAAAGGCUCUCGGUACAAGUGCUUGUACUGUUUCAACUACGAUCUUUGCUCAGAAUGUGUGGCUAAAGGUUUAGAGUCGGGAACUCACAAGAAAUACCACAAUAUGAUAAAAAUCAACGUUCCUGACGCAGACAUGAACAAUUUGUGGGCCCGUUUCAACUGUUCGGCACCCCAAGCUGCGAAAAUCAAGCCGCAGAUGGAAAUUAAGCCAGACGUAGCCCAGUCCACUCACUUCAAUGUUAGUAGCUCGGACAAGGACGUAAUAAUCGACAUCCCCGACCACAGCUCGAAAGUUUUUGACUUCUUCUCGAAAGUGGAGACCGAGGGUCAACUAGCGGAGCUGAUCGAUGACCACGAAACUUACCAGAAUCUUUUGCACAGAGUAGGUGGUGACAAGGCCAAACUCUUUGAUGCCGUAGAACUACUUCUUGCCCCAAGGAGUUCCAAAGCAUCCGCCAGUUCGCUAGGCGCAUCCGUCGAAACCGCACGCGAAGACGAAAACUCAAUCGAGGUAAAGAUUAGCAAGCGUGAGCAUGUUAUUUCUUUCAAGCUGUUAAACCAAGGACCUGACUCCGUGUCUAAUGGGCUCAAACUUGUUUUUCGGUACUUCGAGCCUCGCAGUACACUACCAGUCAAAUGCACGUUGCACAUGGGGCCACACGAGUUUUUGAAGGGCAAUUACAAGACCUUAAAUUUCAAUUGUCGCGGACUGAUUGACAAUUUUUCAGUCUUGAACACCUACCAGAUCGAUCUUGUCGACCAUGAUGAUCAGGUUAUCUACUCCGGUACUUCACAUGGUGGCCCCACCAUUCUGCUAAGGCCUCCUCCCAUGAUGCUGGGGAUUCAGGAGUCUGUGUAUUCGGAAGCUCGCGACGUGCCAGAUCUAGGGUCAGAUUCGCAGGACGACGACCGCGACAUAAUUAGCAACACGGUCACCAACGAGGGCUCCAGAAACUCCGAACUUGACGAUUACGAUUUUCUCAGCGAUAGCGAUAUCGAAGUUUGA